AUGUGCAUGUGUCCACUGCAGCACGCGUCCAGACGUUUCAGACCAAAAACAAACUUCUGUCGCUCUGAGCGUGUGUCAAAGUUACUCUGCAGCUUCUGCAGCUGUCCUCAGAGCCUCCAGACCCUAGACUCCUCAAUGCUGGUUGGUUGUGAGGAACCAAUGACUGUGAGGGCAGCUGCAGUCCCCACGGCUCUGUCCCCGGUACAAAGCCCGGUACAGAGCCCGGUACAGAGUCCGGUACAGAGCCCGGUACAGAGCCCGGUACAGCCCGGACACAGCUCCAGAGCUCUCCAGUGGUCUCUCUCUCUGGUCUCUCUGGUCACCAUGCCCUGGUCCCAGCCGCUGACCGUGGUGAAGAGGAGUCUGCAGUGGUGUUGGGUCAGAGAGGUGGUGCAGCAGUACCCUCUCUCUUGUGGCCUGAUGGGGGCGCUGCUGUCCCUCACGAUACUGCUCCACAGGUACCUCCAUGUGCUGAUGCUCUUCUGGUCAUUUGUGGCUGGACUCGUCACGUUCUACUGCUCCCUGAGUCCACACACUCUGCUGCCCAGUGUGCUGCCAGAGACACACAUAACCAGGACUUGUGAGGAGCAGGAGUUGUUUCCCUCUGGUCUUAGCUGUGCAGUCUGCGGGAAGAACAAGUGCAAACGACACAGGGCCACUCUGCGUCUGGAGAACCAUCAGCCCUGGUUGGACCUGAAGCUUCACUCCAAAGUGGACGCCUCGAUCACAGAGGUCUUUGAGUUGGUGCUGGAGAACUUUGUCUUCCCUUGGUACAGGGAGCUCACAGAUGAUGAGGAUUGUGUAGAUCAGAUCAGGUCCACAUUCCGCUUCUUCGCCUCAGUCCUUCUGCGCAGAGCUCAGAAGGUGGAUGUUCCUUCAGUCUUCGCUGAUAAAGUGAUGAAAGCAGCAAUGAAACAUCUGGAGAUUGUCACUAAGGCCAGAGAGAGAGUGUCCUCUGCGGAGGAGCUGGAGGCAGCCUGUCUACAGCAGUAUGGGUCUCAGCUCCAUGUCGCCCUCCGCAGUCGCAGAGAGGAACUGCACUAUUUGAGAUCACUCACUCAACUGCUGCUGCCGCUGCUGCUGCCCCCCAAGGCCACCGAGUGCAGGUCUCUGUGUCUGCUUCUGACUGAGGUCCUGUCUGGCUCGGUGGUGCUUCCUUCCAUGGACGUCUUGGCUGAUCCUGACAUGGUGAACCACCUGGUGCUGCUGUUUGUGGACUCCUCUCCGCCUGAGGAGCCCCCUGAUGCCCCCUCCCCGUUGGUACCAUUCCUGCACCGCUAUGCUAACUGCAGCGACAACAAAGCCUCAGUCCUGAAGCUGCAGUUCCAGCAGAUCCGGGACCAGCAGGAUCUUCUCUUCAGGUUCAUGAACUUCCUCAAACAAGAAGGAGCUGUUCACGUCCUACAGUUCUGUCUGACGAUCGAGGAGUUCAACAGUCGGGUUCUUCAGCCGGAGCUGUCAGACUGUGAGAUGGCGGCUCUUCACACCGAGCUGCAGACCAUCUACCAGACCUACUGUGAAGACCUGAGUGUGGACAGGAUCUGCUUUGAUCCAGAGGUCACCAGGGAGAUACAAGAAGUGUGUCAGGCUUCCUUCCGCUCGGUUCGGCUCCUGCAGAAGAAACACUGUUUGUUUGAAGCUUAUGAACACGUUCUGUUUCUGCUGGAGAAGGUCUUCACUCCAAUGUUCUGCCACAGUGACGAGUACUUCCGCCACCUGCUGCGGGGGGCGGAGUCUCCGAACAGAAACAGUAAAAGUCUGAGGAACAGUCUGCGACGCGGAGAAACAUCAGGGAUCAGCCGCAUCAGCAGCCGGCUCAGAGGAGUGUUCAAGAGUAACACACUAGAGGGCGCUAUACCCCCCCCAGACCAGGACCAGGACCAGGACCAGGUGGAGGAGGCCACGAUGGUCCUGGAGGAGGACUUCCUGGAGCCUGGAUCCUGGUCCGGGCCUCAGUCCUGGUCCGGUCCUGGUUUUGCUGCUGGUUUUGGUUCUGGCCGUAAGUUGUCUGAGUGGAGUGCGUGGAUCCCCUUCAUCGACGUCAUGGAAGACGAGGCACGCAAGGAAGGUGUGCCGGCGUUUCUGAUCCAAGUGCAACGCAACGACCGCAAGGACGUGGGCCAUGAGGCUGACAGUUGGUGUGUUCUGAGGAGGUACGUGGAGUUCUACGUCCUGGAGUCAAAGCUCACGGAGUUCCACGGCGUGUUCCCAGAUGCACAGCUUCCUUCCAAACGGAUCCUGGGGCCAAAGAACUACGAAUUCCUGGAGUCGAAGAGGGAGGAGUUUGAGGAGUAUCUGCAGCGGCUCCUCGUGGUCCCAGAGCUCAGCCACAGUCAGCUCCUCGCUGACUUCCUCUCUCCUCACAGCAUCGAAGCGCAGUUCAGCGACCGCAUCCUGCCAGACGUCAACCUGGGGAAAAUCUUCAAGUCUGUCCCCGGAAAACUGAUGAAAGAGAAGGGGCAGAACCUGGACCCGUUCCUCCAGUCCUUCUUUAACUCGUGUGAAUCGCCAAAACCCAAACCUCACCGGAAUGAGCUCACGGUGAUCAGCCCGUCUGCGCACAUGGACAAGAAGCUCUUCACGUCGCUGUACCACAACAACGCCGACCUUAGGGAUUGCUCCGACAGGAAGUGCCCACAGAACUACUUCCUGGAGCAACAGCAGCUCCAUGGCAUGUUCGACUACAUGAUGUUUGUGGCCCGUGUGGUGUUCCACGUCCCUGCCCUCUUACAUCACUUCCUGUUUGCGGUGCGGAUCGUGGCGAAGCGGUCAUUUGAGUCGUACGUGAAUCGUCUGAUGAUCCACAAACUGCAGCAGGUUCUACAAGAGCACAGGCUGGUGUCUGUCAUCACACAGGUCAGAGAUGCAGUAUUUUGUGAGGACUCCUCUGAGCGCAGCGCUGAGGACAAACAGAGCAGAGCGAAGCAGACGUUUGAGGAGAUGAUGAAGUAUCUGCCAGAUUUUGUGACUAAACUAAUCGGAGAAGAAUCCAAAUAUGAAGGAGUGAAACUUCUAUUCGACACCAUUCAGCAGCCGCUGCUCAACAAACAGAUGACCUAUGUUCUGCUGGACAUCGCGCUGCAGGAGCUGUUCCCAGAGCUCAAUAAGAGCCCAGCCUUUAUCGUCUGA